UUAGCUUUUCGGCGUGGUGGUUUCCUUAGAGACGGAGUCGGCCCCGGUGGCGGCCACCAGGACAACGGGACCGUGAGACUCCAGGAGAAGUCAAAAUGCCGGCCAGGAAGAAAAGCAAGGUCAAACUCAAAGUCAAAGACAAGAAGAAAAUAGAGGAACAAAUUAUUGAACAAGCCAAGGCCAAUGCCUCUCUUUGGGAGGCCAGAUUGGAAGUCACAGAACUCUCCAGGAUUGAGUAUCGUGAUACUUCCCGAAGACUGGCAAAAGAUAAUGAGGAUUUAAAGAAACAGCAGUAUAAACUGGAAAAAGAUACUAUGUCUGUAUUAAGCUACUUGAAGAAGCAAGAUCAGGAGAAAGAUAAUAUGAUAGAAAAACUGAAACAGCAAUUGGCUGAAACAAAGGAAAAAGCCAAAGAAGAGAAGGAAAAAUUGGAAGAAAUGUAUUCUGUGCAAUUAAGUGAGUUGGAGGGUCGGUUUAAUAAAAAAUCCAAAGAAAUCGGCAUAAUUCAGACAGAGCUAAAGACAAUAAAACAAUUCCAGAAGAGAAAAAUCCAGGUGGAAAAAGAAUUAGAAGAUACCAGGCUGGUCUUGAACUCACAGUGA